GCGCUUCAUCUCCCGCCCGCUUUGUGGGCCGACUCGCGUCCCCGCGCGUCCCGCCCUGCGCGCCCGGCCGAGCGCGGCGUCGUGUCUGCGGGCGCUGCGGGGCGGGCCGGGGCCGAGGCCCGGCGCCUGUGGCCUGCGGGCCCGCGGGAGACGCCGCCGCGUUCCCGGCGAGGUCCGCGCGCCGGCCGCUGUCGGGACCGGACCGCUCUGCUCUCCCUUUGUGUCCAGACCGAGCGGGCGCUCGCUGGGCCCCUCGCGCCUGAGCGUGCGCGCCCCCGCGCCCGUCGCUCUCGGGGUCGCGGCCCCCAGCGCUCGGGAGGUGCUGCCGCGCGUCCGCGAGGAUCGGCGUGCGCAGGCCGGCGCGGGGCGGGUGUCCUCCGCGGCUGUCCCUGGCUGACAGCCGGGCGGUGGAGCCGCCUCCCGCGCCGGCCCUCCUGCAGUCGGCGCUGCGAGCCCGGGCGGGCGCUGCCCGCAGCUUCCAGCGGGGAGAAGCAGGACUUAGCACUCAGGCCUGUGAGUCAGGAUAUACGAAGACUUCCAAAGAAGGACCAGUUCCUCGGAUGUGCCCCCUCACAGAGAGAUGAAGGGGCAGCAGAAAACAGCUGAAACGGAAGAGGGGACAGUGCAGAUCCAGGAAGGUGCAGUGGCAACGGGGGAAGACCCAACCAGUGUGGCUAUCGCCAGCAUCCAGUCAGCUGCCACCUUCCCCGACCCCAACGUCAAGUACGUCUUCCGAACUGAGAAUGGGGGCCAGGUGAUGUACAGGGUGAUCCAGGUGUCCGAGGGGCAGCUGGAUGGCCAGACUGAGGGGUCUGGAGCCAUCAGUGGCUACCCUGCCACUCAAUCUAUGACCCAGGCGGUGAUCCAGGGUGCAUUCACCAGUGACGAUGGCGUUGACACAGAGGGGACAGCUGCUGAGACGCACUAUACGUACUUCCCCAGCACGGCCGUGGGAGAUGGGGCAGCAGGGACUACAUCCGGGAGCACCGCAGCUGUUGUCACUACCCAGGGCUCAGAGGCACUGCUGGGACAGGCGACCCCUCCCGGCACUGGUCAGUUCUUUGUGAUGAUGUCACCACAAGAAGUGUUGCAAGGAGGUGGCCAGCGCUCCAUUGCUCCCAGGACCCACCCUUACUCCCCGCUGCCCUGGGCUCCGUUGUCAGGAAGUCAGAAGCUCCCCGGACGACUCGGGAUGAGAAACGCAGAGCUCAGCAUAAUGAAGUGGAGCGCCGCCGCCGAGACAAGAUCAAUAACUGGAUUGUGCAGCUGUCCAAGAUCAUCCCCGACUGCUCCCUGGAGAGCACCAAGUCUGGCCAGAGCAAAGGUGGGAUUCUAUCCAAAGCCUGUGAUUACAUCCAGGAGCUUCGGCAGAGUAACCACCGGCUGUCUGAAGAGCUGCAGGGGCUUGACCAGCUGCAGCUGGACAACGACGUGCUUCGACAGCAGGUGGAAGAUCUUAAAAACAAGAACCUGCUGCUGCGAGCCCAGCUGCGGCACCACGGAGUGGAGGUGGUCAUCAAGAGUGACAGCAACUAGCUGUCGGCCUCGGGGGCUUUGGGCCCUGCAGCCCCGUGCCCAGGACUGCAGACAAGCUAACCUGGGCCCCUUUCCUUCACCGCCCACUUCUGGCACGGACGGGACUGGGACGGGACUGGGGGAGUUCAGAGGCGAGUGUGCACAGGCCCUGUGAUACAGCAGCCUGCCGUGGUGUGAAACGCGUGGACGUGCACUGACGGCCUUGCCCAGCUCCACCGUGCAGCCCCUGGGCCCUGGUGCUCUCUGCACAGCGCGGGUGCUGUCUCCAGCUGGAUAUUGGACACACAGAAAUGGGGGGCUCACCCAGUGCUUGCUUACAGCACCAGCAGAGGGUCGGCUGACCAGUGAUGCUCUGGCUUGCCGGGGACUCUGGAACUUCCACGGGCUCUCCCUUCCCCUGGAGCUCAGAUGUGCACCUGAGGACGCUGGGGAACAGGCUUUAGGCACAAGUGGGGGAAAGGAUGCUGAGCAGUGGCAGCUGCCCCAUGAAGAGAAGACUGGCCAGCAGCUGAGGCCCACGCAGAAGGAGCCAGGGAAAGCCACAGGCAGGGGCCCACGGGGCCUUCCCCUUCGUGGGGACUGCUGAUUUUUUCCCUUUUCUUUCCUUUUUUUUUUUUUUUUUAAGAUAAAAUAUUCAGAGCCAUA